CCACUUGCUGGACCCACACGCGACAGCGGCGCACCCCUCGCGUUCGGCAACUCACUCGUGCAGCACUUUUCCUCAGCGCGCGCCAUGGCGAGCGACGCGCUGCCAGAAAACCUCUCCGCCGGCCAGCCGUACCUCAAUGGCUCGCCCCCACAAUCUCCACCGACAACAUUAGCCAGUGCCCUCAUGCUGCAGUCUAUGUACUCGAGGAUGGACUCUGGCCUUCGUGGCUCACCGGCCGGUUCUAGCGACACAUCUCCUCGUCGAGACGGUCCCCAUUCGUCCCUACCGCCACCUGGGGCGUUUAGCGCCGCUGCACUGUGCGACCAGUUCUGUUCGGUCAUCAACGGUUUCCGGGGCUACGACCCGCGUCUCAAGAGCGCAUCGUCGUCUCGAGCAGUGGCUGCGGAAGCUACCGAGUGUAAAUUAAUUGACUAUCGUGGGGAGAAGAUCGCUGCAUUUGAGUACAGGGGCGAGUAUUUACUAUGCCUGCCUCAGGCGUUUGAGUUGUUCCUGAAGCAUCUUGUGGGAGGACUGCACACGGUGUACACCAAGCUGAAGCGACUGGGCAUCAGUCCCAUCGUCUGCAAUGUGGAACAGGUACGAGUGCUUAGGGGACUGGGAGCGAUUCAGCCGGGUGUGAAUCGAUGCAAGCUGCUGUCGUGCAAGGACUUCGAUUGCCUCUACAAGGACUGCACCACUGCCAGGCCUGGUCGGCCUCCGAAGCGCGCCUCCCUGGUGGGCCUCGGCGGCACCGGCUACCCACCUCCACUACUCAAGCCAGGGGAAAAUGCAGACUACGACUCCUUCAAGUCGGAUUACGUACGCGGUGAUGAAGAUGGGGAUUACAACUUUCCAGCCAUGCUUUUCAAGAUGUGGAGUCAAGGGCAACAAGCCGCAGGAGGCGCUGACGGCAAGGCCAGUGGUGGCUACCCUCCAGGCCUAGGACCACCUCACGUAGACCCCUCACUAAGCAUGCUUGGGCUGGGAAGUCAACAUGCCAAUGCCUACCAACGUCAUCUGCUGUCUGGGGGCCUAGGUCUGCCCCUGGCUUCCAUUGCGCAGGCGCAUUUGGGUCGCCAACAAGACAAGGCCAGACAGUACGCUGCGGGCGUGGACCUCUGCAACCCAAGGAACGCAGACGACAACGGAGAGAGAGACAGCAAGUCGCGUGGAUCCGAUUCUAACCGGAAACCGAGGAGUCCCGGAUGGCCACGGGAAGAGAACGAUAACGCUGCGUCAGCUCUCAACCUCUCCCAAAGUGGCGGGACCCGAUUGCGAGAAGGUUGCAUAAAGGGCGAAGAUGAGGAUGAUGAAAUUCAGGGAGAGUCUGACUACGGCGACGAGAAAGAUUCCGGUGACAUGAGCGAGGACUCCGAAGACAGUGUUUCCAGUGCGGGAGGUGACAGGGACUCAAAACUAAGCGACAGCGGUGGACCGAGAGCAGGCUCUGAAGGUCCCGACAGCCAGCUGCUGCAACUCGCCGAGAAGAACGGCCUGUUAGGUGGUGGCAUUGGGUCUAUCGAAACGUUACUGCAAAACAUCCUUGGCCUCCUUAAAGUUGCUGAAGAAAACGCUAGACGCCAAGAGCAAAGAGUCCAUAUGGAGAGAGCGGAGCUGAAAGUUGAGAUUCUCAGAGAACGUGAACUGCGUGAGGGACUGGAGAAAAAGUUGCAAGAAGAACAGAGCAGACGACUGUUCUACCAGAAGCGGCUACGCCGGGAAAAGCGUUGCAGAAGACAGGUCCAGGACCAACUGGAAGGUGAAGUCAAGAAGAGGGCACGUUAUGAAGAGGCUCUGCGCACAACGCUCAGCGACUCGCAAAUUCCCAAAGAAACAAUGCAAGAGGAGACCAAAACUGACGACACUGUAGCCAUGGAGUCUGACAACAGCGUGAAAAGUCGAUAGGACCAAGGCAAUGCCUGACAAAAAUCCUGCAGCCAUUUCACGUGGUGAACACGCACAUCGAGCGCGAAGCUGUGAACUAUGAACCACGUGUCUUCGAAGCGACGCCGUGUUCAACGUUUUCACAUAUCGUCCACGCACUUUUCAUAUCAAGGCCAGCGGACAUUUACUCGCAGUUGACCGAACUCUACAAGUGUUGUGUCUCUUUCGCGACAACGACGCACCCUUGGACUUCGUCUGUUAUGACCCAUACCAGUGUCGUCUGCUAUGGCAGCACCGGUGCUUGUGCCCUGCGUGACCCUUUCUUUUUUUUUUUUUUUAUCUUUUCGCCAGAUUCAGCGGUUACUGUGCACCUCAUGCUGCAUUGUCAUUUCCACAAUGAGUGGUGACUCUGGGACCGGGAGUACCACAGACCUCGCCACAAGAUGUUUCAGGAGCAGCUUGAGAAUAAGCCUUUCCGUUCACGACGUUAGGGUGUACUAUACGAUGUCCGGUGAAACUAAGUCUAUCAUAUGAUGAGUAUGUACCACACUGUAAGUUUUAGAAGACAUGUUGCGUGUAUGCCGGUAUGCAAAAUUCCUUUCGCCGACCUGCAGGAGGUAGGGAGCAGCAGGAAUGAACUUGCAUGGGGGAUGCAACUUAAAAUUAUGCGAGUAAUGAAUAGGGUUCCGUGUUCCUAGAGUUUACUAAAUACCAAUCGCCAACUGGAUUUCUCUCGCAAAUUUACUGCCAGCAAAAACGAAAAAAUAUCGAAGGAAAAUGCUCUAAACGCGGAAUCCUAGUAACAGACUAGCGAUGUUUCAUCACGCUGGGUCAAGGUGUACCUGAUGCCUCUCCCUUAAAACGAUAUUCAUGCUGUAGAUUUCGCUUCGCUACACGGAUAGUUUAACAGCACUCGAGCCACUGCCCGAGAAAACAAAAGAGAUGUUGACGGUUAAUUUCUGCACAUGAAUGUGGCUCCUGUAAAGUUCAGGGAUGCUGGUAAUCUUUAACACAUUCGUGGGUUAAAUUGACAAUUUUAUGUGGUUGGAAGACAGUUAUACGAUGUGCAGUUCCGCCAUUAGAUUUACACGAAGCAAUACAGAAAUGAACUCAUAGUAAAAACAGGCACAGGACAGGUCUAUGGUUAUAAACAACCUGCAAAAGAAAGAAAAAGAUGGGAUUCCCAGAUUAGCAUCGUCAUGUAGCUACGUCAGUGCACCUGCUCAUUCUUUCUUUCCUCCCAUGCAAGCAUACACGCUACACAGAUAAUAGAGUUUUUGCUUCGAACACAGCACUGUUUAUUGCAGAAUGUUGUGAGCCUGUACAGCAUUCGAUCGUGCAACGGCACAAGCUAAGUAGGUUGUCGCGCUCAACAGCACAUGUUCAAUGACAUCGCGCUAUUUAAAACACACUAGCGUCAUCUACUUGCUAUCGGGUGGAGCCGAAUGUAAAUUUUACGACGACUUUCAUUCAGUGUUAUUUGUACCCAGUGUCUGUCGUAACUCGCUUAUCGAAACCUAGGCCGCCGAUGUCCCUUUUCCGUAUUUAAGUGCCAGAGUGGUAGCGAAAAUAAAGAUGCCACACGUUGAA